UGGCAUAGUGCGACAAUGGCCUCCCUCACAAGUCCAUGGCUAGUGCUUCUCGUGGGCAUGGGCUGCACGUUCCUCGCGGCAGCCAGCGGCGGUAGCCGGAACCCCACCGCCGGCUUCGAGAAGGUGGAGCUCACCGAUGGCGACUUCCAGGUGCAGAGCCCGUCCAACGUGCCGGAGAGCCAGCGGUUCCAGUACCACAACGGGGUGCGGACGUUCUGGGUGCACCGAAACGACAAGCCCAUCAACACCGCCACCCACACCAACCCUCGCUCCGAAGUGAAGCUCCGGGGCCACGACUACUCGUCGGGGGUGUGGCAGUUCGAGGGCUACGGCUACGUGCCGUCGGGGACCUCCGGCGCAUCGGUGAUGCAGAUCCACAACCAGGAGGGCGCCGCGCACUCGACGAUACUGAUGUUGCACGUCUACAAUGGUGUCCUACGCUUCUACAGCGGGACGGUGGUCGAACCCGACAUCUACAACCGGUGGUUCCGCCUAAACGUGGUGCACGACGUCCGGGCAUCGACGGUGGCCGUCUACAUCGACGGCAAGCACAAGUUCGGCACCAGCGUGACCCCCAGCGAGUCCUACUACUUCAAGUUUGGGGUGUACAUGCAGCACCACGACCAGUCCAGCUGCAUGGAGUCGCGUUGGACCAACGUCACGCUCUACACUAAGCACUGAGUAGAUGCAUGGGUAGCAUGCGUAUUGGUACUGCGGUCUACGGUAGCAUGCAUGUAUUUUUACACCACGUACGGGCCCUAUGUAUAUUAGUUUCCACGAGUUGAAUAAAAUUUGUUGCUUUGAGUGUC